AUGUUCCAAUGUCCAAAAUGCCAAAGGACCUUCACGGUGAGGAAAAGUUUGUUGAGACACUGUAGAGAGCGGUGCAGCCAGGAUGGGGAGCCCGCAUCCAAGCGUCCAUGUAAUGCAACCGCUUCACGCAGCACUGCAGACAAGUGGGAAUGUCCUCGAUGCCAGCAAAAAUUCUCGGCACGAAAAGGUUUACUGCGACAUGGUAGAGAGGUCUGCACAAGCGAGAAGAGUCCACCCGAACAACAACGUGUAGAAGCUAGCAUCACCCAGACCACCACAGGACUCAAUACCAGACGACUCGAUCCUUCAACAGCCAACGUUGCAGUACCGGGACCGAGUCGAAUCAGUCCAACCACCAGCAACGACUCACAGACGAGUGCGGAAAGCAGAACAGUUCGCUGUGAUAGUUGCAACUGUGAGGUACCGAGGAAUGCACAUGCAGCACAUCUGAAAAGCAUCAAACAUAAGGCAAAUCUAUGGACACCUUUACACAAUAAUGUGUCAUUAAGCUCCCAAAAUUGGAAACGAGAGUUGGAUCGACUUGAAACCACGGUAAUGGAAAAUGUACUAAAAUUUGAACAGCAUCACAAACAAUUAAGGCUAGCAUUUUGCGUGUAUGCCGACUUUGAAUGCAUUCUAGCUCCGAUAGAAAAUGACUCAAGCAAUUCAGAGGAUGUAUGUACUAUCAGAAAAGAUUUGUGUUUAAAAACGUACAAGCUGGAUCCAGCUCGCUAUUUUACAGCCCCUGGUUUGAGUUGGGAUGCAAUGCUACGAUAUACUAAAGUAGAGUUAGAGCUGCUUACAGAUGUGGAUAUGAUGUCUCAAAAACGGUAA